CAUCGUCCGUCACCCCUCAUCCUCUCAAACUACGCAUUGUAAACUCAAACAAAAAGUUAAGACAUAAGGUGUGAGAUCUGUAGACUUGCACUGGGACAUUGACUUUGCAGCAGAGGAAAUGCCCUCUAGCUCAGUCUGAGAGUAACUGAAUCGAGACUUUGCCUCCAGAGAGUCGGCUUGCUGCUCAGUUGAGUGUUUGCGCUUCUAAGGGAAUGAGCCUCGUAUCCUGGCUCUGACAGGGAACCGGGAAGAUGCUUUCUGGAGUCUAUCAUUUCACACUUGCGGCGCUUCUUGUUCUCCUGCCGUGGUUGUCAUGUUUCAAUGUGGACGAGAAGAACAAGAUGUCAUUCAGUGGACCAGUGGAGGACUUGUUCGGAUACACCAUCCAACAAUUCGAGAACAGUGAGGGAAAGUGGGUUCUGAUUGGUUCUCCUCUUAACGGACAGCCGGCCAACCGGUCCGGAGACGUUUACAGGUGCCCCGUGGGACAAAACAAAAGUACUGGAUGUGAAAAAUUCAGUUUGUCAGAAAACACAACAAUUCCGAACAUAAAUGAAGUCAAGGAAAACAUGACUAUGGGGACGACGCUGGUGGUUAACCCGGACGGCAGUGGGUUUCUGGCCUGUGGUCCUCAGUAUGGGUACAUGUGUGGAAAGCAGCAGUACAUCACUGGGAUCUGCACAAACGUCAGCUCCUCCUUCAAAGUCCUCAACUCCAUCGCUCCAACUGUGCAAGAGUGCAAGCAGGACAUGGACAUUGUCAUAGUGUUGGACGGUUCCAACAGCAUCUACCCCUGGGAUCCCAUCACUGACUUCUUGAAAAAAUUCCUCCAGAACAUUGAAAUCGGACCAGCCCGGGUGGGCAUCGUGUCGUACGGGGAUGAUGUCGGCCAUGUCUUCAAUCUCAGCCAGUUCAGUAACAAAGAAGACCUUGUUAAUGCCGCCGGCAAAAUACCUCAAAGAACUGGCCACAAAACCAUGACAGCUCUCGGCAUUGAUAUAGCAAGGAAAGAGGCCUUUACAGUGGAGCGAGGAGCAAGACCAGGGGUCAAAAAAGUCAUGGUGAUCGUCACAGAUGGGGAGUCGCAUGACCACUACGACUUGGAACGUGUCAUAAAGGAAUGUGAGGACGAUGGUAUUGAAAGGUUUGCCAUUGCUGUCCUUGGCGACUAUAAUCGGCAGAAUAAAACCACUGAAGAGUUGAAGAAGUUUAUUGACGAAAUUGAAUCCCUUGCUAGCAAUGACAAAAAUGACCAUUUCUUCAAUGUGUCAGAUGAACUUGCUUUAGUGACCAUUGUCGAUGCCUUAGGAAGCAAAAUCUUUGCCUUGGAGGCCACAUCGGGGAAGCACACCUCCUCCUUUGAGAUGGAAAUGUCUCAGUCUGGAUUUAGCGCUCACACAUCAAAAGCAGGUGUUAUGCUAGGAGCCGUGGGUGCUUAUGACUGGAAUGGGACUGUUGUGAUGCAAACUGGGAGCGAGUUUGUCGUUCCAAAAAAAAACACCUUCCAUGACCCUAAGGUGCAGAGGUACGAAGGCAUGGCGGGAUACGUAGGUUAUGAUGUGCAGUCAGCGUACACACCCAAUGGAGUGCUAUACAUCACAGGAGCACCACGGUUUAACCACAGCGGGCGUGUCUUGGUGUACCGCUUCGACGGAGAAAAUUUCACCAUAAUACAGACGUUAAAAGGAGAGCAGAUCGGUUCUUAUUUCGGCAGCGUCCUCCAGACGCAUGACAUUGACCGUGACAAUUACACUGACAUCCUUCUGGUCGGAUCUCCCAUGUAUAUGGGUCCAGAGAGAGACGAACAAGGUCAAGUCUACGUCUACAAACUCAAUGAGGAUGGGCUGUUUGAGCAUGAGAUGACACUGAAGCCGGUCAAUCAGACCUGUUGUACUGCUAACUCUCGGAGCAACUGUAAAAGCUUCAGUAAGAACGAGCCCUGCGGCUCACGCUUCGGCACUGCAAUCGCUGCCGUUACUGACCUCAACCUGGACGGCUUUAAUGACAUAGUGAUCGGAUCGCCUUUGGAGAACGACCACAGAGGGGCGGUGUAUAUUUACCACGGUUCUCAGAAAUCAAUAAAGGAGAAGUAUGUUCAGCGAAUUGCUGCUGGAGGAGAUGGAGAGAGCAUGAAGUUCUUUGGCCAAUCGAUUCACGGCAUCAUGGAUUUGAAUGGCGAUGGAAUCAUUGACGUCACUAUCGGAGGAAUAGGAGGGGCCGCACUUUAUUGGUCUCGGGAUGUUGCAGAGCUUCGUGCCGAUAUGACCUUCGACCCAAGCAAGAUCAAUCUGCAGCAGACCUGUCAGGUCCACGGGAGGACCACAGUAUGUGUGAAGACCAAAGUGUGUUUCAAAUAUCAAAUGAAGUCUGACAAAGACACAAUCACGGGAACUCUCAUCAGGUACAAUUUAACGCUGGACUCGCUGAGAGCGAUUGCCAGAGGACGGUUUAAUGAUAGCGAGGACAGGAAAUUGCAGAAGAUCGAGUUGAUCGUCAACGAGCUUUGCAGAGAGCACAUCUUCUACACGUCGGAUAAACUGGAUUUCAGAGACCCCAUUAUGGUCACGCUGGAAUUCGGUUUAGUGGAUGAAGACAAGGGUCCAGUCCUAGACGGGGAAUUACCGACGUCACUCAACAAGACUAUCGCAUUGGUAGACUGCGGGAAUGACGACAAGUGUGUUGCUAAUCUACACCUUAAAGCCACUGCAAACAUCUCAAGUCUUUUCAUAAAAAGCAACCAAGAGAAGUUUUAUGUCAACAUCAACAUCCGCAACAGUGGAGACAAUGCUUAUAAUACCAGGGUUACACUGAGCCACACGGAAAAUAUCAACUAUGUGAAAGUUGAGCCUAAAGAGAAGGACUGUGAAACAAAUAAUACCAGAAUAGUAUGUGCAGUUGGAUAUCCUUUCCUUAAAACUGAUAAAACGGAAAGCUUCCAAAUCCAAUUUGAGCCCAAUCCCUCUCAUAUUCGUAAGGACAUUGUGAUUAAUGUUACUGCAACAACUGAUAGUGAGGGGUCAGACUCAGCUCUGAAAGACUACUUUGUGAGCAUCGUCAUCCCUGUGAAGCAUGAAGCCAACCUGCGAUUCAUUGCUAACAAAUACAUGAAGGAGGACCACAUCAUAUUGAAAGAGAAGGAGACAAUACCUAAUUUUUUCAACCACACUAGUGUGAUCGGAGACGAGGUGAAAAUCAGCUACACGAUUGAGAGAGAACCUGAAAUGGCGAGUCCUCCACUGCUGCUCACGAUAGUGUUCCCGUAUCAAACGUCUGCAAAAAACUUGCUGCUGUACCUCACAGAUCUCACACACACAGCGAACAUCAGCUGUGAUGCCAAAAAAUGGAUUAACCCUUUACUCAUCAAGCCUGACAACCCUCAUGCAGUGAAUCCUAAAAAAGAGUCCUUGAGCAUCUAUCUUUUGAGUUGUAAAGAAGAAAGACAUCCCUGCGUGUCCUUUAGCUGCUCCAUCCCUCCUGGAGACUUCAACCAGAUCAACAGCACUUUCAGAGUGUGGCGACCCACCUUCCUCAAAGGAGAAUUUUCCAGCAUUUACAUGGGUGUCGAUGCCAAGCUGGAGAACAAGAACACGGACCUGUUUGUGUUAAAUGAUAACGUCAAGGCCAGAGAGGUAAAGAUUCAAGUGACCAAAGACAUACGAAGCGGAAUCCCACUAUGGAUUAUUAUCCUCAGUAUUCUUAUAGGACUUUUAAUACUGGCACUUGUUAUCUUCGCUUUAUGGAAGGCUGGAUUCUUCAAGAGAAAAUCAGUUAAAGACAUGAAGGACGAUAUGAAGGAAUCUGAUUGAAGCCUGGGGUUCUGUAGCCUCCAUCCCUCAGGUUAACUCAUACUUCACCUCUAGCCAAGGUCACCGAGAUCACAUAGCAGGACCAUCUCUAGGAACAUUCAGAAAUAUGAAGAUCAGAGUUUGGGUUUACCAAAGUGAACCCAGCGCUUUGCUUGACACUUUGAUUCAUCUUCAUGUGUUCACUGCAAAAUUCGACUGAAUGUGAACUCAAGUGAACCUCUGAGACUCCACAAGAUUGGUGGAUAUUUUGCCAAACCAUGAGAGUCAAGCUUUGUACAGCGAAGCAUCAAAGGUUCAUCUAUAGCCUGAACUCAACAUCCCACCAGCAACGGACCUUCAUCUGUAACCCCCCUACGGCAUUUAUCAUCAGCAUAGCAAGGCUCAGGAACCUGUCCUGGAAACGUCUAGAGUUAUCUACAGUCCUGUAAUCAGAACCAUACACUCUUAUUGGCAGCAGGUUUAAAUAUGGAGGUCUUUUCCAAUAACUCACUUUCAGAGCUUGUUUUGACGAAUCACUGUACAGUUUUCAGUUCAAAGCAUUUUUUUUUAUUAGUGUUAUGGGCUAUGAAUAUUGGCACAUUCCUUUUUGUUCACAAAGCAAUUUUUUGGCACUGAUGUUUUUCACGCUUUUUGUCUUCAGGAAUGAAGAGGAAAAGGCCUGUACUGUAAAUGUAAAGCUUAAAGUGUAUAUAAAGGUUUGUUUCCAA